UCCGGGUGAAGGGUCAAGCAUGUUUGCUGGAGUUGUUGGGUAAAAUAUACGCCAGUUAUGCCGCUCAUAUUAAUGUGUGGCUAUCCGUGUAGCGGUAAAAGUCGACGGGCAAAAGAACUAAAGGAGUAUUUUGAACUAAACACUGACCGGAAGGUUCAUAUUGUUGGGGACGAGUCGCUCGGCGUGGACAAGAACGCUGUUUACGCUGAUUCCCAGGAGGAGAAACGAGUCCGAGCAGCCUUGAAAGCUGAAGCCGAGAGAAAGUUGAACAAGGAAGACAUCGUUAUUUUGGAUUCGUUUAAUUACAUUAAAGGUUACCGCUACGAACUCUUCUGUGUCGUGAAGCACCUGCAGACGCCUCACUGCCUGGUUUAUUGCUUGACGUCUGGUGACGUGAGCUCAUCGUGGAACAGCAGCAGAGACCCUUCAGAACAGUUUACUCAGGAAAUUUUUGAUGCGCUGCUGCUCAGAUUUGAGGCUCCGGACUCCAGAAACCGCUGGGACAGUCCUCUCUUCACCAUCCUGCAGGACGACGCGCUUCCGUUUGACGCCAUCUCUGAUGCACUUUUUAAAAGAAAAGCCCCGCCCCCAAAUCAGUCUACGCAAACGCAAUCGCUGUCUUCGGCAAAUCUCUUGUACGAAUUGGACAAAAUGACGCAGGAUGUUUUAACGGCCAUUUUUAAUGCCCAGAAGACCAGCGUUCCCGGGGAUCUGGUCACGGUUCCUGGAGCUACAGAAAAGAUCGAGCUGACAAGGAACGUCAACAUGGCCGAGCUGCGGAAGCUGCGGCGCCAGUUCAUCAGCUACACCAAGCUGAACCCCACGGAAAACACGGGACAGAUCGCCAACAUGUUUGUGCAAUAUUUAAACAAGAGUCUGCACUGAUGUCUUUUUUAUUAGUUAUUUUUAAAGUAUUAAAAAUGUUUUUUUUAUAUGAGAGUCAGUGGU